AUCAUAAUAUUGUUAUUAUACCUUACAACCUUAGUACAUUCUUGCCUGUGCUUCAGUGUUCAGUCUUCACUUUUCAUAUAAAUCAGCUGACUUUUAUGGUAUAAUUAUGUGACUUUUGUAUUAACUUUUGAGAACUCAUUGGUAAACAUUAAGGACCUACACUAGCAUCAUAAGUUAAUUUUUUUGUAAUUGUUGUUUUUUUUAAAUAUUUGAACUGUAAGAGAUUUCUCCAUCCAUUAUGUAUGCCACUCCUGAAACACUGAAAGAUUUGUGCAUUGAUUAUAUCUGCGACAACAUUGAAAAACUUUACAUGGCUGGAGAAAAAAGUGAGACCGACUUGCAGCCUUCUGAACCUGAGUAUAUGUUCAUUGACAGCAAUGUUUACUUGCCAAUGGAGGUGUCCGAGAUGUUAUUGACAAAACUUAGUGUACGGAAUAAACUUAAUGAUGAAAUAUUAUCAUUAUUCAGCCAUAAAAAUGUUUAUUUGAGAAAUGUCAUAUUACCAAAAACAAAAAAUUUGACUACAAAAGGCCUAAGAACAUUAAAAAAGCAUAAAAUUAAAAAACUAAAAGUUUAUGGUUUGGACUGCACAGUAAAUGAACUCGUUGGUUCAUUAGGAGAAUGGACAACACAACAUUUAGAAUCACUAUGCGUCUCCAAUAGUUCAUUCAUAAGUGAUUCUUAUGACUUGAAAUUUUGUGUCGCUGUCUCAUUAUCAAAAUUAAAAAACCUAUGUUCACUCGAUGUUAGCAAUACUGAGUUUAGUACCAACAAUUUAAUUGCUGUGGUUGAAGAUUUGCCUCAUUUAGAGUCAUUAGAUAUUUCCAAUACAAAAGUUGACACACUUUUGCCAUUGGGAAAGAAAAAAAACCAGUUAAAAAAAUUAAGUGUGUAUAAUUUAAAGGAAGCUACAAUGCAUUUGAUUGCCUUUAGUCCACUUAAAGGUAUGACAUCAUUAACACAUUUGGAUUUAUCAUCUGAAAAAUAUUCUCAUCCGUUUGAGAAUUUUAGUUGCGAUACACCUUGGUUACAAUUUUUGACUGAUCCAAAUUGGUUACCAAAUUUGGUUUCAUUGGAUAUAUCUGGAAGUGAUAAUGUUGGUCCAAGAAUCAUGCAAGAUUUUUUGACUACUCAUAAGAAGUUAAAAUUUUUAGGAUUAAUGCAUAUGGAUGAUUGCGGUUUGGCUAUGUUCACUGUUCCCACUCAUCCAUUAUAUAAUCCAGACUUAGUAGUUACCGGUGUUGUGACACAAGAGCAAUUAUUAACUGGAUUAAAACGUUACACAAAACGUCCAACAUACAUUCAAAAAUGUCUUUAUCACUUAUUUAAAUGGACUGAAAAGUAUAACUGCCCAAAAGUUGACAUUAUUCAAUUAAUUUUAAAUGUGAUGAACUGUCUUUCUGACAGUUUCCCGGUACAAAUGGCAGCAACUGCUUGCCUUUAUAAUUUAACCAAGAGUGAUCUAGCCUUAAACAUUCAUCCUAGUGUUUUGGCUAAAGUAGUGGAAGCAACAUUAGAUGCCAUGGAACGUUUUCCCAAUCAUAAUCAGUUGCAAAAAAAUACGCUAUUGACGUUAUGUAGUGAUCGUAUAUUGCAAGAUGUAAAAAUGGAUAAAUUCAGAUGUGCAAAAUUAGUCUUGGAUUCAUUACAUUAUUUUAAUGAUAUUGUUAUGAACCGCAUGAGUGUUGCAAUCUGCAGUAUAUUAGCUGCAAAAAUUUCUACAUCAGAAACAUCACAAUUAGGAUCUAACCCAAGAUAUAUGGCUAAACUGUUAUCAAUAGUAUAUGAAAAACUAUCAACUAGAACUAUUGAUGUUACUAUGAAGUUCACUCUUAGCGCACUUUGGAAUCUUACUGAUGAAUCACCUACAACAUGUAAAGUUUUCAUCGAUGAAGGAGGGUUAACAUUAUAUAUGAAUAUAUUAAAUACGUUUAUUGAUAAUAGUACUGUAGAAACUAAAGUACUCGGUUUAGUAAACAAUAUCGCUGAAGUACCACAUUUGAGAAAUAUGCUAUUUAGCAAUGAUAUAAUUCCCACUUUAAGACGUUUGUUGCGAUCAGAACAAAUUGACGUAAGCUAUUUUGCAGCUGGAAUAAUUGCUCAUUUAGCAUGUGAACCUAGUUGGGAAACAUUUACUGUGAAUAGUAAAUCUGAAGUUUUAGAAGAACUACGAUAUACUGUAAAGCAUUGGGUGCCACCUGAGGGAGAAAUGGUUGCAUACAGAUCUUUCCAACCUUUUAUUGGGUUACUGAAAUCAACUAAUACACCACAGGUUCAGCUUUGGGCUGCAUGGGCAAUACUUCAUGUUUGUACUAAAAAUUCUAAAAAAUACUGCGCAAUGCUCAGUAAAGAAAAUGGCAUUGAAAUUCUUCAAAAAAUUGCUUUGGAUAAAUCAGUCGAUCAUGAAGUGUGUGAACUAUGCUAUAGUAUAUUAGACUUGAUGAAUGAAUUUAGGAAAGUUUCUAACCCAGUUCAACCUACUGAUUCAUUUUAGUUAUUGACCUUAAUUGUUAUAUUCCUUUAAAUUAACAAUAACAUUUAUUGUUUUUCUUGUUAUAUCUUUAACUAUUAUUAUUAUUUUAAUUA